AUGAAUAAUAUAAAAUGUCAAUCAUGUGUCUAAUUAAUAGCAAUAGUAGAAUGUAAAGAAUGUAAUUUAUGUAUUUGUUUUAAAUGUGAUGAAAAUCUUCAUUAAGAAAAAGAUGAAAAUCAUAACAGAACAACAAUAACAUUCCAACCUCGAUCAUUAAAAUAGUAAGAUGAUGAAAGUUUGAUUGAAUAAAUAAAAUAAAGAAAAAAAGAAUUAUAAGAAUUGAAAGAUAAGGAAUCUUAAUUGACUAAGCGUUAUCAAGAUAGAAUGUUAUUAGCUAAAAAAAAAUAUGAAUAAUAAAUAUCAGGUUUAGAGAAUAGAUGUAUAAUCAUUAUAAUAUUUAGUGUAAUAGGCUUAGAAAUAUAUGAAUGAAGUUAGUUAAGAAAAUGGGGAAGUAGACGUUGCGAAUCUUUAAAAUGAUUUAGAAAACUUAGAAAAAACUUUAAAGACAGAAAUUAAAUUAGCAGAAGAAGAAUAAUAAAAAUUAAAUGAGAAAACUUAAAAAGUUGAUACAUUAUUAGAUAGAGUUAAAAAAGCUACAGAUAUAGAACAAUAAUAAAUUAGUAAAAUGAAUGAAGUUAUAUAAAUCUUUAAGGUUUGUUCAGAGUAAUUGUAGAAAGAGAAAGUAAUAUAACAUAUACAUUAAAAGGAUCUAUUAAUGCUUGACAAUGAGAAAUUAAUUGCUGAAGUAGAGAUCUUUGCUAAAUUCUUUGAUGAAAAUGGACCUUUGAUGGAAGAAUUAAAUGCAUAAAAAAAUAAUGAUUAAUAAUGA